GCCGCCCUCACAUGGGCACUCUCAGUGCUGGGUUGAGAGAAAUCGAGAUAGCGAAAGAAGCGGUCUGCAAGUUACCACGGAAAGAAAAGGACACUACACAUUAGCCGUGCUUUUAGUGACGCUGUUGCCCAUUCAGACCAAGCUGUGAGGUGAAGAUAGACGGAUCCCGAAGCAGCAUUAUGGAGAAGAACCGUCAGCUGGAGGUGACGUUUAACCUGCCCAAUCAGGUCAGCUCCACAUUACAAGCAGUGCCCAAAAUCCAGGAGAGGGCUCAAUGGGCCAGUAAAUUAGACUUCCUUUUGGCUGUGGCGGGACAGAUUAUUGGCUUGGGAAACGUGUGGAGAUUCCCGUACCUGUGUUACAAAAACGGAGGGGGAGUGUUCCUUGUUCCCUAUGUCCUCUUCCUUUUCACCUGCGGGAUUCCCCUCUUCCUCCUGGAAACCGCGCUGGGACAGUACACGAGUCAGGGGAGCAUCACCUGCUGGAGGAAGAUCUGCCCCAUCUUUGGAGGAUUGGGCUAUGGAAGUCAGGUGGUGGUUGUCUACUCUAGCAUCUAUUACAUCAUCAUUCUGGCCUGGGCAUUCUUUUACCUGUUCUCCUCGCUCAGCUCCGAACUCCCCUGGGCCAGGUGUGGUAACACCUGGAAUACAGAAUCCUGUGUUGAAUAUAGUCAGAAGAACCUCUCUGGGAACUGGACAUUUUCAGGAAAUGCAACCUCACCACUGAAGGAAUUCUGGGAGAGACAGGUGCUGAAUAUCUCUGGAAACGUGCAUGAGUUGGGAACUGUAAGAUGGGAGCUCGCCCUGUGCCUCCUGCUGUCCUGGAUCAUCUGCUUCUUCUGUGUGUGGAAAGGCGUGAAGUCCACAGGAAAGGUGGUGUACUUCACUGCUACUUUCCCCUACCUGAUGUUGGUGGUGCUGCUGGUCCGGGGGCUCACUCUGCCUGGAGCCAUAGAUGGCAUCAUCUUUUACCUGUAUCCAGACCCAACCCGGCUCACUGACCCUCAGGUGUGGAUGGAUGCUGGGACACAGAUAUUUUACUCCUAUGCCAUUUGCAUUGGGUGUCUGGUAGCUCUGGGCAGUUACAACAAGUACAACAAUGACUGCUACAAAGACUGUGUGUAUCUUUGCUUGCUGAACAGUGGGACCAGCUUUGUGGCUGGCUUUGCCAUCUUCUCAGUUCUGGGUUUCAUGGCCCAUGAACAAGGAGUGGACAUCUCUAUGGUGGCUGAAUCAGGGCCCGGCUUGGCCUUCAUCGCGUACCCUCAGGCGGUGGCCAUGAUGCCUGUGCCCCAGCUGUGGGCCGUCUGUUUCUUUGUUAUGAUCAUCCUGUUGGGCCUUGACAGCGAGUUUGUAGGAUUAGAAGCUCUCGUGACAUCUAUCUCAGACAUGUACCCAUCCUUCUUUCAAGUUGGGCACCGGCGCAAACUCCUGCUCCUGUUAAUCAGUGUGAUCAGCUUCUUAAUUGGUCUAGUGAUGGUCACAGAGGGUGGUCUGUACAUAUUUCAGCUGUUUGACUACUAUGCCUGCAGUGGGAUGACACUCCUUACUUUUGCCAUUUUCCAGUCCCUCUCUGUGGGCUGGAUUUAUGGUGCUGAUCACCUGUACGAUAACAUUGAAGACAUGAUCGGCUAUCGGCCAUUUCCUCUGAUAAAGUACUGUUGGCGUUAUGUAACACCAGUUGUCUGCCUUGCUACCUUCAUCUUCUCCCUGGUAAAGUACACUCCCCUCAAGUUUAACAACACACAGGAGUACCCCUGGUGGGGCUAUGCCAUCGGCUGGUGGUUCACUCUCUCUUCGACACUCAUGGUGCCCCUGUACAUGCUGUAUGCAAUCAGUGUCACCCCUGGAUCAAUGCAAGAGAGACUACGCCAGCUGUGCACCCCUGCAGUAAGCCUCCCUUGUUCGAGGGCACAGACCAGCCUCCACAGACCCAUGCUAGAGCCAGGAAAACUCUCAAUGCAGAGCAUGGCUCCCAAGGAGCUUGCGUGGGACGGCAUAAAAGACACUGGGCCCAUCUAGAACCAUACUCCCAUAGCCCACCAAGCCAUCUUCUCACCAUAUACUCUACGUCUUCCACAACAAACCUAAACACCAACCCAGCAACCUUGCCAAUUUGUUUGCAGCAUUUGGGAGAAGAGACCACGUGUACAGUUUUACACAGACUGAAUCCAUAGGGAAAGGGAAGUGCCUAAAAGAACAGGAGUUCUACGCUGAUACACAGUGCUAAUGAUGAAUUACUGAUCAACAAUUAAAAGUGUUUUUGUUUUUUUUAGCUUGUUUUCUUUUUUGCAAGAGCUGGCUGAGUGGCAUUGACAAAUAAACCCAGGAUAAUUUCCUCAGCUGGUCCAGAAGUACAGUGGGGUGCAAGAAAUUGGGCACCCCUGGUUUAAAUGUCUGUUAAAGUCAUUCUGUAUGUGAUCGAAAGCAAACCUAAACUAUAAAUGGUCCAUGAGACCGUUCUGCAAAUUUUAAAGCAAGAUUUAUUUUUAUUUAAAUGUUUUACUAUUUAUUAAGCAUAAAAGUGCCCUGUGCAAAAGUUUGGGACCUCUUUUGGAUUAUUCUCAGUUUUAAGAAGAAGAUGAUUACUAAGGUCCAGACCCAUGUGAUUUACUCAUUAAGGCCUCAAUGAGUAUAAUUCCAGGGCUGAACUUUUUAUUCUGAAGUAACUCCAUGCCUUCUAAAGUAUCCAACUGCAGUAGCUGUUCUGUCUUGUGUUAACACUUAAACUGUUCUCCAAGGAUUUCAGAAUGAAGAUGGUUCAUUUCAACCAAGAAGGAGAAGACUGCCUAUUUCCACUGUUAUAAACAUUAUUAGAAAAUGGAAGAAAACUGGAAUGGCUGAAAUCAAAAGGCAAGGUCUGGAAGACCAAGAAAGAUUUCAGAUAGAAUGGCCUGAUACCUGGUGAGAAAUGCUCAGAAGAACCCUCACAUGACCGCAAAAGAUCUGCAAAAAAGAGUAGCUGUUCACAGGACAACAAUACAACAUACUUUAAACGGCAACAAUCUAUAUGGCAGAGUUGCCAGAAAGAACAACCUCAACACAAAAUGAAGCGUCUGAAGUAUACAAAAGAAAACACUGAGAAACCUUUUGGAACAAUGUGCUUUGGACUGACGAAACCAAAAUUGAACUUUUUGGCCACCACUAAAGAAGGUAUGUUUGAAUAAAUAUGGGUGAAGCCUUUGUAGAGAUGAACACCUUGCCAACUGUGAAGCCUGGCGAUGGAUCCAUUAUGCUUUGGGGUUGUGUAUCAGCUGGGGGCACAGGACGUAUUGAUCGAGUGGAAGGAAGAAUGGAUUGCACCACAUAUUAAUAAAUUCUAGAGCCUAAUGUUCAAAGGUCAGUCCAGACAUUGAAGUUGAAGAGAGGUUGGGUAUUCCAGCAAGACAAUGAUCCAAAGCAAACCUUGCAAUCAACCAUGAAUUACCUCCAGGAAAGACAGAUGAAGGUUUUGGAGUGGCCACCACAGUGCCCAGAAUUGAAUAUUAUUGAAAAUCUGUGGAGAGAUCUCAAACAUGCUAUACAUGCAAGGAGGCCAAAGAAUAUUCCUGAGCUAGAGGUGUUCAGCCAGGAAAAAUGGGGAGAAGUUCCAAAAGCGAGAAUUGAAAGACUCUUAGCUGGCUACAGGAAGUGUUACAGUUGCCCAAGGAGGAUUUAUGAAGUACUAACUGACAGGGUUCCCAAAUGUUUGAACAGGGCCUUUUCCCUUUUUUUUAAUUUAUUUUGAAACUACAAAAAUGAAAUAAAAAGUAAUCUUUAAAAAGUAAAAAGUAAGAAGUGAACAGGUUCUGGGUUUGCAGGCCAGGCUGCCGGCACUUCCUGUAGGCCGACUGACUUUGAUGUGUUCUCAGACUUCUGUUGGGCCACAAACAAGGACAUUUUUUUUUAAUUCUCAGUGAGUGAUUGGAUGGAAUUCCGCUGAUGCUGCUGUUUGAUUAGUUCUGUCUUGGCGUGGCUGUUAGGGUCCAGUUAGGCACCCAGUUGCUGUGCAUUACAACUUUAUUUUUCUUCUCACCAAAAAGGCUAGUAGUAUAGUAGAGUUUAUUCCUCCCAUUCUAUGCUUUGUCUAGCAUUGACAUGGGUUUAAAAUAAGGGUCUUUAGGUUUACCCUCCCAAUGAAAUAAUGUGGGGGAAACUGAUGUAGGAACUGGAUUUCAUGCUUAAAAAUAUAUAUAAAUAAAUAAAAAUAUGGAAGCUUAUAAGCAGUUCUGUCUGCGCCCAACUAGGUGAUGCAUAAUUGAGCAUUAACAGAAUAUACACAAGCCUAGCCCUGCUUAGCAGUUGUUGCUAUGUUGUUGUUGCUAUGCAUGACACAAGUCGAAAGUGUGCACCAUGUUGACGGCAGCUUAAUAAAUUGCAUUGCCGUAAGAAAUUAGGUGGCAUUGGGAAAUAAAAUCAGUAUAUUUGUAAAGUAGUAAAGGCUUGAUACAAUCAUAAUGUGUAAACAGAAAGUAUGUAAAAUGUGGAAACAUAAAAAAAUUAAGGCAUUGUUUGGUCUUCCAUUGAUAGCACUGGAUAUUGAUAUCUGCCAUAUUAGCUAUGGAAUAGUUGGUUGGAAAAACAAUACUACAGCAAGUUUGCAAAAGUAGCCCAAGACAUGCUUGGUAGGCUACUGUUUUCUACGCUUUUAGCCUUAAGCUAGUUUGACCAGAAGUUAGUCUGACUUUUGCUUGGCUACAUGUUGCGCUAUUCCCCAUUCAUGCCAACUACACUGUUGUUAGUAAAUGAGGAAUCUAGCCCAGUAUUUCCCAACCUGGAUCCCUUGUAUGCUGAUAUUCAUUCCACAGUUGUAUUUUAAGAAGCUGUUUAUUUUUCUACACAAUCCAUGAAGAAUAAUAGCCAGAUGUCAUGUUGCGCUUAUUAUGCUAUAUAGAUCCGCACAGCCGUUGGGCCCUUGAGCAAGGCCCUUAACCCAACAUUGCUCCAGGGGGGGAUUGUCUCCUGCUUAGUCUAAUCAACUGUACGUCGCUCUGGAUAAGAGCAUCUGCCAAAUGCCAAUAAUGUAAUGUAAUGUAAUAUUGCAAACGGUUGCAUAAAAAGAGUAAAGAAAUUUUAUUUUCUUGAUCAAAGACUGGUGAAUCAGUAUGCUCUUAAUUGGUGAAAGUGUGGACACUUGGCCACUAAAACAUAAAAAUGUGGUAGAUAAUGAAAGAUUUAUGAUACAAUAUAGCACAACAAGUGCAAUGUGAAUAUAGGAUUUUUCUUCCUCCAGCCAUGCAUAGUAGGGAUGGAUAUGGUUAAUCGAUUAAGGAUAUGGUUAAGCAAACGUAACCAUAUCUUAACAGGUUACAUUAAAAAAUGUACAUUCAACUUUAAAAAAACGUUUUUAAGAGUGUUCUAAAUUUUAUUUGGAGUUGACGAUAGCCUACAGCAGGGGUCAUAGAUUUUCUGCGUAGCCAAAUUAACAUUACUGCCGCACCACCGACUCAAAAAAAAUAUGUGCAUCAAAAUUAUUUACCUUACAGUAUAACCGUUUACCAAAACUGUGUGAUAUAAUGUGCAACAAAAGCACCAUGAAAAAUGCGAAAAUGAGAAGAUAAAACAAUAGCGAUCCUCUAAACAUCAUUACAGCACGGGUUGAGAAAGAAAAUAAAGGAGUGACACUUCCAGUGUCCUAACGGUGCUGAUGUGUGUUCAUUAACAGCAGAAACUAGCAAUGUGAACGGUUAAUAUUUUGUUGGAGAUGCUGACCAACUCGCAUGCAGUUCCCCUGGUGGCUAUGGCUUCUGGGUACCUGGUGGCAUAAUCCAGAAUUACCAGGAAUUACUGGUGCCCUCAACUGCUCCUGGGUCCCGCCAGGCGAGAGGAACUGAAAUGAUGGGCAGUGGAAUGAAAGGGCUGCGGAAAUGUGGCUUUGGCGCCACCUGCUGGCAUUCCAGGCAACUGUGGCAGUAAUCACUACUGCUUUAAAUAUACCAAAGCAUAUGUGAUCUUAAAUAGGACACGAUUAUAUUUCCUCUGAAUUUAAUAUUUUAAAAAAAUUCCAAUACGCUUUACAGUGCACUACUCUAAGAUUGUGGAUUCUUUGAGAGUGUUUAAUAUUAAACAAUCUGCCCAGUGCUGAGCACAUGUUCUUUGAUGUACAGUAGACAUUAUACAUGGCUGUAGCUGUCAGAGAUCUGUGCUGAUACCUUUAUGGAGAGCUGUUAGUGUUAGGGCUGAUCAAUUUAAUUUCCUGUCUUUUGAGGCCUUGAGCAAGUGAAACAUUUCACUUAAAACAUAGUUUUUUUGUGACUAAUAUGUGACUCCAAACAGCUCAACACACCUCUGGGGGUUACUGGGUGGCUCAUCCCACUAAGCUGCUCUGGACCCUGCCAGUGGGCAGUGCAGUGGCGCAGUGGGUAGCACUGUCGCCUGACAACAAGGAGGUCCUCGGUUCAAGCCCUGCCUGGGCCUCUCUGUGUGGAUUUUGCAUGUUCUCUCCGUGUUUGUGGGUUUUCUCUGGGUACUCCAGUUUCCUCCCAUAAACCAAAGACAUUAGGGACUACAGAUGCUAACUCUGGCACAUUUACAUUGAUGUGGAAACAUUUUUAAUGCUUACCGUGGCCAACAACCCCGGAGCACAGUUUGAAAUGUUCAAUCAUGUUCAAAUUUUUCUAUCACAUCAGAUGCGCAGACAAGCAUGUGCUCAUUGGCAAGCCACAGAUUUUUAACCUUAUAAUCUGCUGAUAUAUGAAAUAUUUUCGGAUGCUUUAAAAGAAAAUAGUCGUACUUAAAAUUUGUAUAAUACAUUUCUUUUUCCAUCAAUUAUCAAAUGAAGUAAAACGGGACAGGUCAAAUCUUCCACACAUUGAGAUUAAUGUAAUUUUUAAAACGCAACAAUGUCAGUGUGUGAAUUUAUAUUAAAGUAGAUUUUUAAUUGUUUUCCUGCAUUGCCAGUAAUUUAUGCAUUUCUAGUGAAUGUGAACCAAAACAGUACUUUCUUGUUUGUUUGAAUAAAUAAGUUUGCUUCAGAACA